AUGGGAGAGGAGAACCAAACCUCUGUGACAGAGUUUGUCUUCCUGGGCCUCUCACAGGACCCACACACCCAAGUCCUGCUCUUCCUCCUUUUCCUCAUCAUCUACCUGCUGACCUUGCUGGGAAACCUGCUGAUGGUGGUGCUCAUUCACAUGGACUCCAGACUCCACACUCCCAUGUACUUCUUCCUUAGAAACCUGUCCUUUGCUGAUCUCUGUUUCUCUACUACCACUGUGCCCCAGGUGCUUGUCCACUUCCUGGUGAGGAGGAAAACCAUUUCCUUUGCUGGGUGCUCAGUGCAGAUCAUUGUUCUGCUUCUGACUGGGUGUACAGAGUGUGCUCUUCUGGCAGUGAUGUCCUAUGAUCGGUAUGUGGCUGUGUGCAAGCCCCUGCACUACUCCGCCAUCAUGACCCACUGGGCAUGCGUCAGGCUGGCUGUGGGGUCCUGGGCCAGUGGAGCAUUUGUGUCCCUGGUGGACACCACAUUCACCUUGCGUCUUCCCUACCGAGGAAACAAUAUCAUUAACCACUUUUUCUGUGAGCCUCCUGCCCUCCUGAAGCUGGCCUCAGCAGACACUUACAGCACAGAAAUGGCCAUCUUUGCCAUGGGCGUGGUGAUCCUCCUGGCUCCUGUCUCCCUCAUCCUGGUCUCCUACUGGAACAUUAUCUGCACUGUGAUCCAGAUGCAUUCUGGAGAGGGGAGGCUCAAGGUCUUCUCUACCUGUGGCUCCCAUCUCAUGGUUGUUGUUCUCUUCUAUGGCUCAGCAAUAUUUGCCUACAUGAGGCCAAACUCCAAGCUAAUGAAUGAGAGGGAUAAAAUGAUUUCUGUGUUCUAUUCAGCAGUAACACCUAUGUUGAACCCCAUUAUUUAUAGCCUGAGAAACAAGGAUGUCAAAGGGGCUUUCCGGAGAGUAACUGCAAAAUAA